UUUUUAAAAGACCCUUUGUGAUUUUUUAAAAAUCUAAAUAAAAAUAUGCGGGUAGGCAGGAUAAGAUUGUCGGAAGAAUUAAUGAGGCCUGAUUUGGACAGAUGUCUCACUCUGGUCUUUGUCUCCCUCUGCGUAUCUCAGUAACUGUGAAUACGAGAAGUAUUGUCAUACUUGACAACCUGUACUAAACAUGACCGGAGCAUACCUCAAAGAGACCCCGGCAUAAAAUGCAAUCAAUUCAUUAAUGAACUGAUUUUUAUGUUUGAUCUUGGAUGUUCUGAUCCCUAAUCUGCGCGAAAUGGCGUUUCCCAAGCUUCGGGAGUUUAUGAGCGAAGUCGAGAAAUUCCUGGACACGGAUAUCAAACCAUUUCAUCUGUCGUCCAUCCUCCCCCGGGGAGCCCGGAGAGAACUGGACAAUGCGGUGCCGAUGACCGCAGGCUUCAGACCCUCCAGAGUGUACUACAUGUUUGCCGUACUGAAUUUCGCUGAACUUGGAAGCUGGGAUGAAGUGAAGAUCCAUGGGCCCCAAGCUCUGAAGGAAUACCAUCAGUUCAUGAGAGAAAUACCCAUGGACGAGAGGGACAAACCACCGACCCCAUUACCACCAACGGACAAUGUUAUAAUGCAAGACUUUUCAGUGAAUGGUUCAGCUAGAUUUCAUACUUCUAAUGAAAAUAUGCAAUACUACUCACCAAGAGGUUCCGAGGAAAACACGCGAGCACCUUCCAGACCAUCACAGAGACGGUCGCGUGAUACUAGCGGUCACGGAGAGACAGCGAGGGAGACUUCCAGGCCUCCCCAGAGGCAGACCGCUAACGCCAGUGGCUAUGGAGAAAAUGGUAGAGCGCCAUCUACCGGUAGACCCUCUCAUGGAAGAUCCCAUGACAGCAGCAAACGAAGCUCUGCUGCGGCCUUACAAGAAAACCACAACGGUGAGGUACUCAAAAAUGACAUCGUCAACUCCAUCAGCAAACUCAGAAAUGAAAUAGGCAGCUUAAAAGAUAGACUUUCGCAAGAACUCAGCCACAGCCCAGAUGUGGAUAACGUCACCCCAGUCCAUCCUUCUCCAUUAGAAUUGAAAUCGCCUCGGACUGCCCGGGUUGAUGACGUCACAGACAAGCUAGCCGAGGCGUUCUCUGAUCUGUAUCAAAGACAGUGGUUGGCUGCACUAAAGGAGAGAAACAAUGGCAGAGGCCACUCGGAGAAAAACUUAAUCUAUCUAGCAGAUGUUACUCAGAAAUGCCAGCACUAUCUGGAGGACGUGUGUGAAAGAGAGUUCAAUCACAUGUGUGAAAUCAUCCUGAAGCCGAUGGGUGAAGUGGACUCUCAAUAUGUUCAUAUACCAGAUGACCUAAGACAGUCGGUUAGGACUAGAUCUAGACAAAUUCAGAGAGAGACGAUGCCUAUUUCACUGCCAGUCAUUAAAGAGGUUGUUAUACGUGACAAAAUCUCAGAAGCACAAAAGAACCCCGAUCUGAAGAAAUUCGUGGAGAGGUGUGUGGAACUUUUGUGGAUGUUCGCGAUUCAUGAUCCGCCGCUCCAAUUAGAGUGGGCUCGAGUGGGCGACUUGGUAGGCAGCCAUCUUAAAUCGUACACCGACACCGGAAAUAGGGUAGGGUUCAACGUGUGGCCGACCUUACGGCAGUUCCGGAACGGACCCGUGUUAUGUAAGGGUGUAGUGCAACCGAUGUACUGAUGGAGUAGUGUUCUUUAGUCUUCUUGCAAUUUGUUGUGAUGAUUUCCGUUUAAUAAAUCAUUACUCCACA